GGUCCGGGCGGCCGUUCUAGGAGGUGGGGAUGGAGGCUGUGUUGGAGCUGGUGCUGCGGGAGGAGGUGGCCGCCAGCGCUGUGGUGAGGUGGCUCGAGGCGAGCCGGAGCUCCUGCCCUGUGGAGGAAACCCAAGUUCACCCCAAGCUUGCUGUGCUCUAUUUACUUCGCAAAGACUUUGUGCCUUUUUUGUUGAAUUACUUAAGGGAACAGACCAGUCGGAUAUUGACCAAUGGGCCUUCUACUCCUGCUAAAACUCCAAAGUCCAAGGUCCUUGGAAGUUCUGUUGGCUGUAGGAACCAAAGGACAGGAUCUGAAAGGAGAACUCACAGCACCGCCGGUUCUAGUAGCAGCCGAGUGAAGCUCUUUUGCGAUGCACCUAAUGGCAGCUUGUCUCCUGUCAGUACCGCCGUUUCUGCUUCAGAGUCUCAUGGGUCUGUUUAUACCGGAUCAAGUUUAUUGGGUUCCUGCAGCGAUUUUCCAAAUGUGGAUCCCAGCAGCAGCCCAAGCUUUGGUUCCGGCUCCAUGUUUCAUCGCAGUGAGAGACGCUCAAGUCAAAAAGCGAGUUUGGGGAAUUUCCUUGUUGCUGGCCCCCAAAGACGAGGCAGAAGAAAAGGCAACAGUUCUUCAAGCGCUUCUGGCCAACUAGUGGUACAAGAGCUGGGAUGGAACUUAAAUGACGAAGGGAAGAGUGACAGGUCAUCUUCGGGUAUAUCGGGGCAGAGGAAACAGAAUGAAGAGGGUCCUGUCUCUACUAGUUCUCUUGGUCAACUGAACCUAAAUGACCUAGAACAGUUUCCACCCAUGAAUGCUGCUGGAACGACAAAGAAAACAAAACCAUCAAGAAGAAUCAACCCUACCCCAGUGAGCACUGAGCAACCACUCUCUAAGCCCAAGAUGUGUUUCACAUCCACACCUAUUAGGCAUUCUCAAGUUUCUCUGUUUCAACCUGAAGCAAGUCCUGAGGCCUUUCCUAUCCCCCAAGGAUCAAGCAUUACCUCCAUUCCAGGAAGCCUUCAGGGGGAGAGAGAGAUGUUGAAGAAGGAACGGUCCAAGUUGUUGCAUCACACUUCUUCCUCAUCAGGCUUCUCUUUGGAUUUUGGUACACCCAACAAACCUAACUGUGGCUGGAAUGCAGGUCUCCUUGUUGAAAACCAGUUGGUAACUUCUGCAGAUGUCAAAAAGGUCACCUGCAGAAAACAGCUGGAACUACUGGCUCAAUUGUAUUCAUCAUGCAUAACAGAAAACCUUGUGCCAAAUAUUUUCCUGGAGCUUUUCUUUGUGUUGCAGCUGCUAACAUCCAAGAGAACAUUUUCUUCAGAUGAUGGAGAGAAAGACCCAGAUUUUGAUGAAGAAUAUAGAGAUGCAGUAGAGAGGCAACACUUUCGCAGUGUGCACAACUGUGUCUAUUUUGCUGUGCAGGUCCUUGAUUAUCAAUUUGAAGUUGUAUCUCAUUUAGAAAAGGGGACAUUGAAGCUCUUGGCGGAGAAUGAAAGGAUUGCAUCCUUUUCCCCUGACUUGCAUAAAAGGCUUAUGGCAGCCUAUGAAAACAGUACGGCAAAGGUGUCCCUCUUGCUGCCCUCAUCUGUGCAGUCUGUUUCUUUCCAGCCAGAAACUGAUGAUCGGUCUAACUUUUCCAGUGAUAAGGCAUUUCAUGUAUUUAAGAAGCAGCGGGAUAUUUUCUAUGAGUUGCUGCGUGAAUGGGAGGAUAAUAGUGAAAAAUCAGGUUGGGAUUUUGAGAGGUGCCUGGGCAACAGGAUCAGAGUUAUGAUGGCCCACCUUUCAGGUGUCUGUAACUAUAGCCACUUUGCCAGGCUCUUUCAGAAGCAGCUUCUUCAGAUGUGUCAAGUUCCCAUUGGAGGUGGCACAAGCUGGGGAGACUCCCCAGACCAGGAUGUACUUAACAUGCUGGGGUCAGACAAUCUGAGUCGGUUGAAGAGACUGCAAGAGAGAUUUAUCGUCCCUCAGAGCAUCAGAGGACCGUGCCCACCGCCUUCUUUCCCUGGAUGCCAGGAGUUCUUCAGGGACUUCAUCCUGAGUGCUGGAAGCUAUCAAUUUAAUCAGCACCUGAUGGACAGUCUCUGCCUGCAAAUAGUGGAACUGGAUUCUCUGGCCUUGGUGGAGAAUGAGCGCAGUGAUGGGGAAACAAUGGAUGAACAGGAUGAAAAGAAGCAUUUUGCUGCAGUCCUUAUGAACCUUCGACUCCUGGCAAAGUUCUUUGGGUUCCUUGUCUUCCUGCCUUAUCGCACAGUAGAGCCCCCAAUAGGAGACCUGCAACAGUCUGCAGUGACCUUAAGGAACCACACCCUUCCUGUGUUGGAUAUAUUGAAACUGCUAAGGCAAUCAAUUCAGAAACAGCGCACAGUCCUCACCGUACCUUGGGUUGUAGAGUUCCUUUCCCUAAUGGAUCAUAUUGCUCCGUUUCUUGACUACUAUGGGAAGAUAUUUACUCUCCUCCUACAGCUGUACAGAUGCCUACUGCUUUCUGAAGAUAAAAAGAUGUGUUUCCUGAACAAGCUACUGAUUCUUGCUGUUUUGGGAUGGCUUUUUCAAGUCCCCACUGUCCCAGAGAACCUUUUCUUUGCUGGUGAAGCGAGACUGGAAGGAUUGUCAACAGACUUAGAAAUAACAGUUCAAGCUCUGGAUUCUGUGCCUUUGGUGGAUCAGCAGUUGAUUUAUUCUUGUUGUCCAUAUCUUGGUGAGUUGAAGAAGCUGCUGUCAUCUUUUGUGUCUGGUAGUGGAGGAAAGAACGGUGGCUACAUAAGAAAAAUAACCCCAACUGCUGCUGAGUCUCUGGCCCCAAAGCCUUCCAUCACUCAGCAGAAACUUCAGGCAGAGCUGGAGCAAGCCUUCUUCCACAAUCAUCCCCCAUCACUGCGGAGAACAGUAGAAUUCGUGGCAGAAAGGAUUGGAUCGAACUGUGUCAAGCACAUCAAGGCAACUCUGGUAGCAGAGCUGGUGAAAAAAGCUGGGGUCAUACUGCAAGGUAAAGUGAAGGAAGAAGAUGCUGAAUAUGACAAGCUGCUUGAUGGGGUGUGCUCUGAGCUGUAUGAAGAAGGAGCGCAGGCUCUUACCCAAGCUAAAGAAUUUUGCAGAAAGAAGGGCCCUGAGGCUAUGAAAAUCCUUCUGCCAGAAGAGAUAUCUGCAGCAGUUUUGAGUUGUGCAGCAAAUAUUGCCGUGGGGUUAGCGACGGAGAAGGCCUGCACCUGGCUCUCCACCAACAUCGCAGCUUUGAUUAAGAGAGAAGUAAAAGCUGCCUUUAAUCACAUGUUGAAAAUUCCGGUGCCUUCCCUGCCUGGUGCCAGUGAAGGUGUUCAGAGGAAGAAAAGCUGUCCCCCAGACUGCCACCACAAGGCAACGUUCCCCUCCCAGAUAAUCAAUGAAAUCAAGGAUGUCCUUUGCAUUACUGUGGGGCCACGGGAUGAAGGCGAAGAAAUCCAGUUUCUCCAUCUAGAAGGUUUAUUGGGAAGGCUAAGACAGUCACUUCAAUGCAGAAAGUUCAUAUGUCCAGCUUCAGAACAACAGCUAGCUAAAUGCACCGUAGAGCUGGCUUCCCUCCUAGUUUCAGAUCGUGUUCCUAUCCAGGGGCUGAACUUUCACAUGCCAAAGAAACAGGAACAGCAGCAAGCAAAGAACCACCUUAUAUGUAGCCUACUAAAAUCCUUGCUGUCCACGUGGAAAGAAGAUUUCGAGGCGACUGUGCCAUUAAAGGUCCUCUUCAGUAGGAGAAACACGGCCUACCUUGCAGACAACAAACAGCGUGAGUGGGACUUGUUCCUGUUCAUGCUUCACGGCAUUGUUGAAUACGGUUUAAUGGCAGAUGCAGAGAUAGAACACUGUUUGCAUGGCCUCCAAAAAUCCCCUUGGCCCGCAGACUUUUCCAAGGAACUAGAAGCGCUGUUAAGAAUAUUCAUUUCUGAGAACUACAUUGAAGAAGCAAAGGCUCUACCUUGCGAAUUGCUGGGACAGUCUAGAGGAACAGUGGCAGCACAAAGCUAG